AUGGAAUUCUUUAAAUCUGUAAGUUUUCAUUAUUAUCCUUCGGUUAUUCCUGUUUUUCUAACAGCUUUGGCAUAUGAGAACACAACAAUACAUUUUGUGACUGAGUUUGUCCUCGUGGGUUUCCCCGACCAGAGAAAGAACUUCUUUUUCUCCUUCAUCCUUGUGAUCUAUCUUCUGACUCUGUUGGGGAACGGGGCAAUUGUCUGUGCAGUGAAAUGGGACAGGCAGCUUCACACACCCAUGUACAUCCUCUUGGGAAAUUUUGCCUUCCUAGAGAUCUGGUAUGUUUCUUCGACUGUCCCAAACAUGCUGGUCAACAUCCUCUCUGAGACCAAGACCAUUUCCUUCACUGGCUGCUUCCUCCAGUUCUAUUUCUUUUUCUCACUGGGCACAACAGAGUGCUUCUUCUUAUCAGUGAUGGCUUAUGAUAGGUACCUGGCCAUCUGUCGCCCUCUACAUUAUCCCUCCAUCAUGACGGGGAAGUUCUGUGUGAUCCUAGUCUGUGCUUGUUGGGUGAGUGGAUUUCUCUGCUACCCAGUCCCCAUCGCCCUUAUCUCCCAACUUCCCUUUUGUGGACCUAACAUCAUUGACCAUAUUGUGUGUGACCCGGGCCCAUUGUUUGCACUGGCCUGCAUCCAUGCUCCUAUCACUGAGCUCCUUUGUUACACCUUCAACUCAGUGAUCAUCUUUGGACCUUUCUUCUCUAUUUUGGGAUCUUACACUCUGGUACUCAGAGCUGUGCUUCGUGUUCCCUCUGGUGCUGGUCGAACUAAAGCUUUCUCCACAUGUGGUUCCCACCUAGUGGUGGUGUCUCUAUUCUAUGGAACUCUUAUGGUGAUGUAUGUGAGCCCAUCAUCAGGAAAUCCAGCAGGAAUGCAGAAGAUUGUCACUCUGGUAUACUCAGCAGUGACACCACUCUUAAAUCCCCUCAUCUACAGUCUUCGAAACAAAGACAUGAAAGAUGCCCUAAAGAAAGUUUUAGGAUUAAAAAUUAACAAAAACUGA